AUGGCGACCGUGAAAGCGGAUAGACCUGGACAAACCGAACUCGACGCUAUGAGGCGUAAAAGGGCAUACACACGUCGAGUAUUCAUCAGGUCAGUGCGAGAGAUAGAGGAGUCGAAUGAUAUUGAGCAGAUGACUGUCGAAUUUCAGUAUCGUGUAGAGAAAUUGGAAGAGUUAAAAUCUUUUGACAUUCAAAUAAAAAAUAUGACGAUCGAUUCUUGCACGGAUGAGCAAUUUGAUGAAGAAUGUGACGAAUGCGAAUCGUAUUUAAGAAAGUAUUAUGCAGUAAAAGUUAAGAUUGAAAAAUUACGAAAGGAAUGUGAUAGAGCAAAUACAUCUUCAGCGGCUACUGACGGAUCUCAUCAGAAGAGAAACAUAAAGCUACCGAAUAUCGAGCUCAUAAAAUUCGAUGACAAUCCGAAGACGUGGUUAUCUUUCUGGGGACAGUUCAAAAAGAUACACGAGGACGAGACUCUUGAACCAGAAGAUAAGUUCCAGUAUCUCAUACAGGCUAUGAAGGAGGGGUCCAAAAGCAGAGAGCUCGUAACUAGCUACCCUCCGUCUGGCAAGAAUUACCCAAGAGCGCUGGAGCAGCUACAGGGACGAUUUGCUCGAGAAGGUAUCCUCAUCGAGACGUAUGUGAGAGAGCUGCUAGGUCUCGUAUUAUGUCAGGCUAAGGGACAAAAUAUGGAUAUAAGAUCGCUUUACGACCAGUUGAUGACCCAUUUGCACGCUUUAGAGUCACUCAAAGUAACAACGGAAAAGUACGGAGCGAUGUUGUAUCCAUUAGUCGAAUCAGCUUUACCUGAAAAUAUUUUAAUUGUUUGGAAUCGAACUAGAAUUGUAAACGAUGUUGGUCAAUUAACGCAACUUUUAGAGUUCUUAAAACGAGAAGCCGAGGCUGAGGAACACAUUAAAUUGACGCGCGCUAACUUUAAUACUUAUAGUUCUUCCAGCAGUGUUGAUAUGCCGCCGACAGCAGCUUGCAUCGUUUCGAAAGAGGAGACAAGUUCCAGUAAAACAGGUAAUGACUUUUGCUAUUUUUGUGAUAAUACGUCUAAUUCGAUUUUUCAAUGUAAUAAAGGGCUCAAAAUGUCUUUAGAUGAAAAGAGAGCCGCUGUCAAAGAUAAGAGGGGUUGUUUAAUUUGUUUACGUAAAGGUCACGUAGCUAAGCACUGCAAGACGUUUUUAAAACGUAUGGCCUGCGGUAAACGUCAUGUAGUGAUAUUUUGUCCGGACCUUUAUAGGGAUAAACAAAAGGAACCCAAAGAAGCGACAGCACUUUUCUCUAGGAAAGGCGGAAAUAUUUUAUUACAGACUUUGAUUUUAGAGGUUUCACAUGAGGGUAAAAAGAAGAAAAUACGUGUUCUGUGUGAUACUGGAUCGCAAAGGUCGUAUAUUAGGAAAAACGUAGUAAAAGAGUUAGGCUUUAAGGUAGUAGGUAUAGAGAAUUUAGGUUAUUCACUAUUUAGUGGUGUUACUAAGCCAGCAGAAAACCACAGUCUUGUCGAAGUGAAUGUAAGUAGUCUAGAUUCUUCUUUCUAUACAAAAUUCAUUGCUCUUGAACUCGACGACAUUUGUGGCUAUCUUCCCAAAGCAGACGAUCCCAAGCUAAGGUCAAAGUUAAAGUCACUGAAUACAAGGAUGGACAUUACAGGGCCCUAA